UCUCUAAUCUCUUAGCGACAUGGUCGACCGACAGAGGAAAGUUUCGAAAACGAAAUCAAAAUCAUCGAAAGAUGUGACGAACCUGCACCAGAUCGAUUCCCAGCUGGGAAUGCUGGGAGUUCUUCUAAUCCUAAUUUGUGGAUCUAUUUCGAGCUACCUUCUUAGCAAUCUCCCCGAUGCAUUGACACGUGCUCAGCUGGAAAACAAUCCGGGAGCAUUCAUCGCCGAGCGAGCAUGGGAAAAUCUAAAGGUACUGAACGAUUUUGGACCGAAACCAACCGGCAGUGAAGCAAAUGAGAAGCUUACGGCUAAUUACAUUAAGCGUGAAAUUGAGUUGAUCCAAGCAAGUAAACAUGCCAAUCAGCAACUCCUUGUCGAGCAUCAGGUUGUAUCCGGCGGGUAUUCAGUAGCCUUUCUGGGACAUCCAUUGGCCAGCUUGUACCGGAAUGUGCAAAAUUUGGUGGUGAAACUGGAGGGAAAGAAUGACGACGGAACGAAACCAGCACUAAUGCUGAAUUGCCACUUUGACACGGUGGCCAGCAGCCCUGGAGCGAGCGAUGAUGGCGCCAGCUGUUGUGUCAUGUUGGAAAUCAUGAGGGUGUUGUCGAGAGAACCAAAACGAAACCGCCACUCGAUUAUUUUUCUGUUCAAUGGUGCUGAAGAGACUCCACUGCAAGCGGCGCAUGGGUUCAUUACUCAACAUCCGUGGGCCAGACAGGUUGCGGCAUUUUUAAAUCUGGAAUCUGGCGGCUCCGGUGGUAAGGAAGUGCUGUUUCAAAGUGGACCACGCCAUCCGUGGAUGAUUGAUCUAUAUGCGGAGGCCAUCCGACAUCCAUUCGCUCAAGCUGCGGCGGAGGAGUUGUUUCAAUCGGGGUUGAUCCCAUCCGAUACGGAUUUUAGAAUAUUUCGGGACUUUGGUAAUAUUCCCGGGAUGGAUUUUGCUCACGUUGCCGAUGGAUACCGUUAUCAUACCAAGUACGACAACAUCGACUAUCUGUCGCUGCCGGUGCUGCAGAGAACAGGAGAUAACAUACUUGCACUAACGAGAAAAAUGGUGAACAGUGAUGAGUUAGCAAACACCAAGAAAGUGGAAGCCGCUGAAGGAAAAAGUGUCUUUUUUGAUUAUCUUGGACUACUGUUUGUGAGUUACAGUACCGAGGCUGCGUUUAUAAUUAACACGGUGGUGUCAAUUCUGGCUGCAUUGUUUCCACUCUAUGGGUUAGGCCAAGCAAUACCAAAAGGUAAAACAACGAUUUUGAAAGAAGCUGCCUACGGAUUUCUGGCAACAAUCGGGGGAACGCUUGGAAGUGUACUAACUAAUCUUAUUAUCGGACAUCAACUGGAUGCACUGGGCUACGCGUUAUCGUGGUACUCUUCGCGCUAUCUCAUUCUGGGCCUAUAUUGUGGACCGGCAUUACUCUGCCAUUGCCUCUCGCAAAUGAUUGUCAACAAACUUUUCGUUGAUAACAAGAGCCCGCUAAAUUUAUCGCAGACUGUGCAAUCGAGAUUAAUUGGAGUGAGCGUGUUUUGGGGGUUGGUCAUUAUACCAUUGACGUUAGCCGGGAUUCGGAGCACGUACAUGUUUAUGGUUGUGGCUCUGAUCUCAGCUUUGUCAUCUCUGACUACAUCUGUACUAGGAUUCCACAAUACUACGCGGAAGUGGUUAUUGCUGCACAUGUCUUUUCAAAUUCUAACGAUGCUCUGGGCCACCAACUUCUACAACACUUAUAUGCAACUUUUUAUUCCUGUUUCCGGAAGAAUUGGCGGAACCAAAAACCCAGAAAACUUGAUUGGCUUGCUUGCUGCAUUCUGCACGCUUCUAACCACUAGCUACGUUACACCACUGAUAUCGUUGUUAAAGAAACCAUCAGAACUUACCGCACGAAUUGUGGCUCCAAUUCUGAUAACAUUCUUCCUGACAUGCCUCACCCCGGCCAGUUUCCCAUACAGAGAUGAAAGCGCCAAAGCUCCAUCAGUUCAGAGGCACUACCUCACACAUGCCUUACGUCUGUACCAUGACCGAGCAGGAGAGCUGCGGCAUAGUGAUUCAGGAUUUCUUCUACGUGAAAUGGAUCGUAAUUCGGAGCGAGUCAUUCGAGACAUUGUUGGUCAUGAAGGAGUCGUCCGAAUGCGUGAAAUGGCCAGCUGCGCUGAGGAAAUAUUUUGUGCUGUCCCAUUCUACUCGAUAUGGCACCAAAUACGGUUCGAUAACUUCUGGCUUGCAGGUCCGGCGCCAACCGUGGACACAAUGGUAACUCUCACACUUAUACAUACGGAGCAGAUCGAUGCGCAUAUCCGGCGACUGCAUUUUACAAUUGAAGGUAGCAUCCAGUCGUCGCUUAUAAUUGGUCCAAAAGUCGGAGUCCGGUUGGUUGGCUGGAGUUUGCUUGAUGAGCUAACCGCGGAAACUGAAUUUAACGGUCAACGGGGUCACUUUGUGCUCAUAACCCAUGGUUUGCCAGGUGAACCUUGGAACGUUUCGAUGGAUUUCGAGCAUCCUGAUCCGAACUACGAUGGGCCUUUGGUGGAUAUUGCUGUUGUUACAACGUUCUGGGAGCAUCAUGACAAGCACACGCAAAAUUUUACCGAUCUGAUCAAGAAGUUCCCUUCGUGGGCUCACGUGAUACCGUCCGUCGCAGUUAUGAACGUGUAUGUAUUCUGAUCAUUUAUUUUGUGGAAAUAAAAAUCUAUAAG